AUCCCGCAGGCGAGCGAGCCGGCGCCGCUGGAGCAGCAGCAGGUGGAGCUACGCGAAAAGCAGAGGUUUCUACCGACACAAAUCUCUGUAUCUUCAAUCCCGGCAAGCAAAAGGCACAGUCACGGUUCAAGAACGCUUUCCAGCAGCGACGGCACCCCCUGGGAUCGGACGAUGGCCUCCGCAUUGGGAAACCUGACGGAGUCCUGGCUCCAGAAGCUGGACUCGAUGAUGCAGGCCCUGAACCAGACACUCUCCCACGCUUGCCCCCAAGAUGCGAAGCCCAUCGAGGAGGAGAAGAAGGACAACUACGCCUGCAUCUACAUCCUCUUCGUGAUGAUGAUCUUUGCCGCGACGGUCGGGAGCCUGAUCCUCGGCUACACCAGAUCCCGCAAGGAGGUGGACAAGCAGAGCGACCCCUAUCAUGUUUACAUCAAGAAUCGGGUGUCCAUGAUAUGAAGAGGAGGUGGAGUACCGAGGGAGGAAGGACUUGAGAUGCCGCAGGGCAGAGAUCCUUGGUGCAUCCUUUGCAAGAAGAAGACGACACGCCUUUUAUUUGCCAACCUGGUGCCCUCCAGGUGUGUUGGACUACAACUCCCAUCAUCCAGGGCCACAAUAGGCUGCAAACAACCCCUACUGGUUACAAAAAGGUUCUGCGUUUUAAAUUUCGCCGAGAUCCAAAGCCAUCAGCUCCAAACCUAUUCUCACUUACCUGGGAGUAAGUCUCCCUAAAGUCAGCGGUGGAGAUACAGUACAGGUGAUAUCUCAAUGGGGCAGUACUUUUUCUAACCAGUAGAGGUCAUCCUACCAGCAUGGCCCUGCUGGCUGCAGCUGAUGGGAGUUGUAGUCCAGGCGCCAUGUUGAUGAAUCCUGCUUUUCCUGGUUCCAGUUAUAUCCCCGCUUCUGGAACUGAGGCACACCUGUGUGCUGAUGGGUGGAAAUCUAAGAUGCAGGGAGAGGAAACACUGUUUUCAUAGAAAUUUAGACUGGUGGGGGUGCCUUCAAAUCGCAGAUUAUCAAGAGGGUAUAUAUA